GUAAGAGUCUGUUGUGAUAGUUAAAUCAGAGUUAUGUGGUUGUUGUGAUUCUGUUAAGAGGGAGUUAAUCUCACUCAGUUUGUGUACACUAUAUAAGUCAGUCACAAUUGUUGUAAUAGUUAGGGACUUAGGGAUUCAUUUUGCUGAAUAGUUCUUCAUCACUCCCUCUGAUUUUACAUUCUUCUUCCCUGGAAACUAAUACCUUUCAUGGUAUCUGAGCUCUCUGAUCCAUGAUCCAUGCUUGCAAACAUUGUAUCGAUCUAGCUCAGUGAAGAAAACUUUCUGUCAUGCAUGGCAACAUCAAGUGUUGGCGGCAGUGAAAGGCUUCAAGCUUCAAAGCCACUUCAAGAAAGAUAAAGUUCCAGAAAAUUAUGCAACAAAAAUAGAAGAAGAAAUUGAAGAUAACUUCACUGCAGUCUGCAGAAUAUGAGCGUUGGGAGCAACAAGAUUCACUUCUACUCCCACGGCUUCUUGCCUUGACGUCAAGCUCUCUCUCAAAUAGGAUGGUUGGAUGCAAAUUUUCCAAUCAGGUUUGGGCAAAACUUGAAUCAUUUUUUGCUUCACAAACCACUGCCAAGAUUAAACAAUUGAAGAAUCAGUUAAGAAACACAAAGAAAGAUGGACCAGCUUCUGCUUAUUUGCUUGAAAUCAAGAAAACUGUCGAUGUUUUAGCUGCAGUUGAAUCUUCUAUUCUGAAUCUUCACAUGUUGACGCAAUUUUAGCUGGACUCAAUGAAGAGUACGAUCCACUUGUUAUAGCUGUUCCUUCACGGGAAGAUGAAUUUACUGUUGAUGAAUUAGAAGCAUUACUCAUGGCACAAGAAGAAAGGAUUGAGAAGCAUAAGAAAUUUGAGGUUUCAGGUUCAACUGUUCAAGCAAAUUUUGCUCAAGGUUUUCAGCAAAACUUGGCAGAUAUGGCCUAUGGGGGUUAUCAAGGUAACUUUCGCGGACAUAGAGGUCCUAGAUAUGGACACCGAGGAAGAUUUUCAGGCAGAGGAGGUAGAUAUGCUGAUAAUUGGCCAAACUGUCAACUUUGGAAAGCUUGGCCAUCUUGCUUGGGAAUGAUAUCACAGAUUUAAUCUGCCAAAUCCAUCUAUAAUGGUCAAGAUAUAGUACAAUUGGGCAAUGGUACAGGUAAACCUAUUAUGCACUUCAGCAGUACUUCAGUUCCUUCCCAUACCUCUAUUCCGCUGGUCUUAAAUAGUCUGCUCCAUGCUCCUGGUGUGUGUAAGAAUUUUCUACAUGUUUCACAAUUUUGGGCAUUAAUUGUUGAAUCUAUGGAAACCAAGGAGAUUCUUCUCCAAGGAACUCUUAGAAAUGGCCUUUAUGCUUUUGAAUUUGAUAGUCUUCUCUACACUGCUCUACCAAGUUCAGUCACAGAUACCUCUUUUUAUGCUGCUUUCUUUUCAAACAAAUGUACUCAGGAUGAUUCUGUUUUUAAAUUGUGGCUUGCUCAUCUAGGAGAUGCUUCACCAAAUGUGGUUAGCCAUGUACUCAAAGUACCACUGAUGGAAAACCUGCUGCAGGCUCAGAAAGGAGUGAUAAUUUAUCUGCUGAAUCACACAAAUCCCUAUCAGAAGACCUUCUUGCAGACUCAUCUCAAGCUAGUUUGGCUACAAUUAAUGCUGAAAUAGAAGUUUAACAUGAUUUCCCUGUGAAAGAGAAAUCCCAGAUGAGAGCACAUAAAAGCAUGUUGUUUAGCAAUUGAGAAUUAGCCUUCUCGAUCUAUUUCCCGUGUCAAGUUCGGGUUCCCCAACACACAAAGAACUGGGUUUUUCAACAACAGAUGAAGCAAAACCCCAUGCUUAUGUCGACACUGAACAACACCAUAAGCCGCCGACUCUAACGGGCACCGCACAUCACCGACGGCAGCCACCACACACUAUCUUCAACUUUGUGGUGUCAGUGUUUGUACUAUAGGCUCUGCUUGAUAACACAUAUCUACAAUCAUGAAGUGUGGACUUGAAUCAAGUAUCAAGUCAUAUGCAAGAGUGACUUCCUCAACAACACAAAGGGGUGUUAAACAUGACAAAGUACAAGCUCACAUGGCAACAUUUUUUUUGAAAUUCUUAACACCAUUGGUGUUAAAUAUGACAGCAAGGAACCUUAUUAACUCAUAUGAUAACAUUUUGGGGUGGUUGUUCAUUUUAAAGAUGCUUCCACCAUUUGUUUGGUAAUUGUCAAGUUUUAAUGCCAUAGGGUACCUAUAAUAAAAUUUUAGAUAUUUUUCUGUAAAACUAAAAACAAAACAUUUCAGUAUGAGUUAAGCUCAUUGCUCAAUUUUCCAUUGAAAAACAAAAUCACAUUACACAAUAAUGAAAUUACAAAGUACAAGAUCAUAACAGAUCUAAUGUUUACUUUGGUGAACACUAUUGUACAUAAAAAAGAAAUCUUCAUGCUUCUAGGUGGGUGCAACCAUUCUUUGAUCUGUUUCUUUGAGAUAUUGUUCCAAAAAUAGUCAGCCUUGUAGGUUUUUUUUUUUUUUGAGUCAGCCUUGUAGCUAUUCACUCGAGACUUUCUGGAAAAUUACCUAACCAUAGAUGGUCUUGGAUUGACAUGUUCUAUAUACACAUAUAAUAUAUUCAUUCUUUAAUGUCAUAAUAUUUUGUUAUGGCUGACGUUAGAAACCGAUUAUUGUAUAUCUUUAUUAGUGAUUAAGUAUGUGACCUGUGUGUAUUGGUAACUCAAUUCUAUGUUUAAGCACUAUCUGUUCUGAGUGCUAUUUUGGUUCUGGUUUUACUGCUGAUGUUUUGUGCGGUUCUGGUGCAAUGGCAGCAAAGAGUUGGAGCUGUUUGGGAUCUGGUUUUCCUUGCUCUGGCUGUACAGUUCUGUUGUGUGUUUUGACAGCAAACACUCAUUUGAUUGUCACCUUGGUUUCAAUUGUGCAUAACACUCAUUUGUUUCUUGCCUUGUUUACUUUGUGUUUUCCUGAAUGAUUUUCUUGUUUGCUGUCUGACAAGUUUUUAGUUUCAGGCACACUAGUUGUUCAAUGAAAUAUGAUAAAUGUGCGAAAGCAAGAAUCAUGAAGGUGAAAGAGCAACCCGUUUUAGGCUGAGUAGCACCUUAUUGAAUCGCACAUCCAAUAUUUUGUUCAUUGUGAGAGGUCCAUUUGAAAAAUCUGGGAAUGUUUGCAGGUUAGGUCCCUCACUUAACCCUAAUUAUUGAUCGGACCACAAUUUUGGAGACCAUAACCCAACCAUAGAUCCGAAACAACUUGAUAAUAUAUGGGUUUAACUAAGACCUGGCGAUGUAAGAUGGGUUCAGGUUUAACUUGGAUGGCCCCUCGCUUCUUAUUGACUAUUUGUAAAUACUGUACAUAUUAGUUACCCUGGACCCUGGUUAGUUUACCUUUGGUUCCUUGGUUAACUUUACCACAGUUAGUUAGUUAGGUUGUUAAGCUUGUUAAGCUGAUUAGUUAGGUAGUUAGUGUUAGUUGUUCAGCUAUAGUAUAAAGCUCCUCACUACUGUGUAAUUCAUCAUUAAUUCAAUUCAGUUGUUCAGUUUUCAAUUGCUCUCUUCUUCUUCUACCUUCCGCAUCUAAGAGAGCUCUGCUGCGCACUCCCAUGGCGGUUCCAACCCCAACCCCUUACCCUUUCACCGUGCAAGAUGCACAGGUAGCCUCACAUGCUCUCUACAUUCACCCUAACGAAAGCCCUUCAACUGUUCUCGUCUCUCCACCAUUAUCAGAGGGGAACUAUCAUAACUGGGCUCGUGCAAUGAAGAUGAGUCUGAUGACCAAAAACAAGCUAGGGUUCGUCGAUGGCUCAAUCGGAGAACCACCGCAAGAUCACCCUGUUCUUCCCUUCUGGCAGCGAUGCAAUAUGAUGGUGUUAAGCUGGCUCAUCAAAUCGAUGAAUGUGGAGAUUGCUCAAUCCAUUCUCUGGCGAGAUAGAGCUGUAGACGUGUGGAAAGAACUCAGAGAACGAUUCUCACAAGCAGAUCUGUUUCGGAUUUCUGAAUUGCAAGAAGAAAUCUUCAGCCUCAAACAAGGUGAUUCUUCUGUUUCCAAAUUUUACACCAAUAUGAAGACUCUUUGGGAUGAAUUAGAUAUCCUCAAUCCCUUGCCUGUUUGCACAUGUAACCCUGUUUGUGCGUGUGGUGCGAUCAAGAAGAUCGCUGAUGAAAGAAACAAGAACCAAGUGGUUCGGUUUCUUCGAGGAUUGAAUGAUCAAUUCUCAGGUGUUAGGUCUCAAUUGAUGCUUCUGGACAAUUUACCCAAUGUCAAUAGGGUUUUUGCUUUGAUAGCUCAACAAGAGCGUCAAUUCUCCUGUGAGAAUGUUUCUGGGUCAAGGGCUUUGUUAGCUUCUGGUACUGAAUCUAGAGGAGUCCAAGGUCAGGGUCAAUCUUGUGGUCCAUCGGGUUAUGGAGGAGGAAACAAGUACAACUCCAAGAAAUGUUCCUAUUGUGGAAAGAUGGGUCAUACGGUUGAAGAAUGCUACAAGAAGCAUGGUUUUCCUCCAGGUUUUAAGUUCAAGAAUCCAAAGUACAAGUCAGCUAACUUGGUCCAGACAAGUGAAGAUAAUCAAGAUGGUGAUGAGGAUCAUCAGGAUAAGCAUGUGGCUGGGAAAUCUGGAAAUGCUUCUGGAACAGCUUCUUUUGGGCUUACAGCAGAUCAAUAUCACCAUCUCAUGGCACUACUCCCAGCUCAAGAUCAGAAGGAUUCCAGGACACCAAGUGUGAACUCUUGUGUGCAAGAGAUUCCAACUCAUAAUGGAUUACAGUGCUUACAAGAGGAUUGGCACAGCUAGAGCAGUCAAGGGCCUCUAUCUUCUCAUGAAAGGCAAUCCAAAAUCCACUACAUCAGUUACUUGUAACUCUGUUUCCCCUGCCUGCAAUUCAGUUUCUGUUUCUGGUUCUGAUUCCCCUGUUGUAGAUACAAACUUGGCUUGUAAUUUCAUUCCUAGUAUGCACAAUCUGUGGCAUUUUAGACUAGGACAUCCUUCCUUUGUAAAAGAGCAAUCUAUUAGAGAUAUAUUUCCUUACAUUGUUUGUAAUAAAGAGCAAGUUUGUGACAUUUGUCCUCUUGCAAAGCAAAGAAAAUUGAGCUUCCCUUUGAGUACAUCAUUUUCUUCAUUUGCUUUUCAGUUAAUACAUGUUGAUAUUUGGGGUCC